AUAGGCUACUGGAAGAGUUGUGAGACCAAUGCUUGUACAGCUCUCUGGUUGAAGGCUACCACUUUUAUAGAAAUGAGGCUUAAACCAAACAGGGGUGUUUUAUUUUUGUGUCUCGUGCUCCCUUACAUUGGUCAAGUAUGUGGUAUAAGCCUUGGAAUAGUGCAAAAAGAUGAGCUGCAUCGUGAGGAAAGGUCCAAGGAUAUUCACACUGGGACAAUUACUUUCGGCACCGGGGAUAUUUCACUGGGUCGAAAUCUGGAAUAUGAGAGCCGAUAUGUUGGCGAAAGCGCUACAGACGAUGGCUCGGUUAACAUUCAAGCCGACUUUCCACAUCCAGGCCUGUUGGGUGGACAAAGCAAGAUUGAUUACUUUAGGGCCUGGAGUCGUAUGCAACCGAAGUUAGUAUGCACCAACGACCUCAUGAAGUUCUCGGCACAAGGCCCUGGGUGCUCUUCGCUCCAGUUACACAUGGGUGGCACGCCUCUCUCACUAAGCCAGCUACCACAAGACUGUGGCUACUCUGUGAAAAGGACUGCUGUGGGCCUUAAGUUUCUUGCCCCUUUUGAUGGCUGUGAUGUUAUAGAACAGGACAAUAACCACUUGCUACAGCUAUUGUGGCAUGGCAACCCAGUAACCCUCUCCUGCCCUGUAUCAAGCUCAGGCCAAGUCUCUCCAGUUUUAUCUACUACUCCAGCUACAGAGGCACCGCUUCCUCCACAGAAUCCGUGGAUGCAACCCAUUUUUGGCUACCGCCCUGUAAUGCCUGUGGCUACUGUUGCACCAACUACAGAAGCUGCUGAGCUUCCUGCACAGAAUCCGUGGAUGCAACACAUUUUUGGAGGCUACUACCCUGCAAAGCCUGGGACUCCAGCUACUGUUGCACCAACUACACAAGCUGCUGAGCUUCCUCCACAGAAUCCGUGGAUGCAACACAUUUUUGGAGGCUACUACCCUGCAAAGCCUGGGACUCCAGCUACUGUUGCACCAACUACACAAGCUGCUGAGCUUGCUCCACAGAAUCUGUGGAUGCAACCCAUUUUUGGAGGCUACUACCCUGCAAAGCCUGGGACUCCAGCUACUGUUGCACCAACUACACAAGCUGCUGAGCUUCCUGCACAGAAUCCGUGGAUGCAACCCAUUUUUGGAGGCUACUACCCUGCAAAGCCUGGGACUCCAGCUACUGUUGCACCAACUACACAAGCUGCUGAGCUUCCUCCACAGAAUCCGUGGAUGCAACCCAUUUUUGGAGGCUACUACCCUGCAAAGCCUGGGACUUCCCCUCCAGCUACUGUUGCACCAACUACACAAGCUGCUGAGCUUCCUCCACAGAAUCUGUGGAUGCAACCCAUUUUUGGAGGCUACUACCCUGCAAAGCCUGGGACUCCAGCUACUGUUGCACCAACUACACAAGCUGCUGAGCUUCCUCCACAGAAUCCGUGGAUGCAAUCCAUUUUUGGAGGCUACUACCCUGCAAAGCCUGGGACUCCAGCUACUGUUGCACCAACUACACAAGCUGCUGAGCUUCCUCCACAGAAUCCGUGGAUGCAAUCCAUUUUUGGAGGCUACUACCCUGCAAAGCCUGGGACUCCAGCUACUGUUGCACCAACUACACAAGCUGCUGAGCUUCCUCCACAGAAUCCGUGGAUGCAAUCCAUUUUUGGAGGCUACUACCCUGCAAAGCCUGGGACUCCAGCUACUGUUGCACCAACUACAGAAGCUGCUGAGCUUGCUCCACAGAAUCCGUGGAUGCAACCCAUUUUUGGAGGCUACUACCCUGCAAAGCCUGGGACUCCCCCUCCAGCUACUGUUGCACCAACUACAGAAGCUGCUGAGCUUGCUCCACAGAAUCCGUGGAUGCAACCCAUUUUUGGAGGCUACUACCCUGCAAAGCCUGGGACUCCAGCUACUGUUGCACCAACUACAGAAGCUGCUGAGCUUGCUCCACAGAAUCCGUGGAUGCAACCCAUUUUUGGAGGCUACUACCCUGCAAAGCCUGGGACUCCCCCUCCAGCUACUGUUGCACCAACUACAGAAGCUGCUGAGCUUGCUCCACAGAAUCCGUGGAUGCAACCCAUUUUUGGAGGCUACCCUGCAAAGCCUGGGACUCCAGCUACUGUUGCACCAACUACAGAAGCUGCUGAGCUUGCUCCACAGAAUCCGUGGAUGCAACCCAUUUUUGAAGGCUACUACCCUGCAAAGCCUGGGACUCCCCCUCCAGCUACUGUUGCACCAACUACAGAAGCUGCUGAGCUUGCUCCACAGAAUCCGUGGAUGCAACCCAUUUUUGGAGGCUACUACCCUGCAAAGCCUGGGACUCCAGCUACUGUUGCACCAACUACACAAGCUGCUGAGCUUGCUCCACAGAAUCCGUGGGGAGGCUACUACCCUGCAAAGCCUGGGACUCCCCCUCCAGCUACUGAAGCACCUACUACAGCUGCCAAGCUUCCUCCACAGAAACAGUGGGUGCCUGUCUUUGGAGGCAAUGGUUUUUCUUAUGGUCAGUGAAGACUCUGUCCUGUCUCUUUUCUAAUGUUAUUUAAUGCGUAUACUGUAUUAAAAUGUGUACUUGGAA